AUGUCUGAUGCCACAAAAAUACAAGUAUCAUAAGAGAUGACUAGUCAUCAGUUCCCAUAUGUAAUGCAAGGAAAUGUAGACAACCAGCUUCCUGGGCAGGCUGUUCCGGCUGGACUCCCAGGGUAUCCCGCUUUCAGCCCACUGCAGAUGCUGUGGUGGCAACAGAUGUAUACCCAUCAGUAUGAUACGCAAUAUCAAGCUGCAGUUUCAGCUCAGGCCACAUCAAAUGCCAGUCCAGCCCAGCCUGCUGCCUCACAGCCUCUAAAUGUGGCACAUGUUCCUGGAGAAGAACCCUCACCGGCUCCAAACCUAGUGGCCCAAGAAAAUCGACCCAUGGAUGCGAAUGUUCAGAGGAACGCACAGGGAGGUCCAGUGCUGAACCAAGAAGACUUCAGUGGAGACCAGCUAGGCUGGAUGUGCACGUCCUCACGGGCCGCCGUGCCCCCUAGCAUCGUGUACUGCUCUUCCUCUUUUAGUCGCUUCAUCAUGGUAAUGGGAGCCAUGCUACUGGUUUAUUUACACCGAGCUGGAUGGUUUCCUUUUAGGCAAGAAGGAGGUCAGCAACAGGCUCCCAACAAUAAUGCCCAAGUCAACAAUGAUGUGCAGAAUGCAAACAAUCUAGAACUUGAAGAAAUGGAGCUUCUUAUGGAUGAUGGGCUUGAAGAUGAGAGUGCAGAAGAUGCAGGUGAAGAUGCCAGUGCAAUUCAAAGGCCUGGAUUAAUGGCAGCAGCUUGGUCUUUUAUCACCACCUUCUUUACUUCACGAAUACUAGAGGGGCCUCCCCAGCUUGCCAAUGAGACCUGAAAAAUUGUGCCGGCUGCAAAGGAGGGUCUGAAUUUAGGAAAGUGUUUUAAAUAACAGUGCAGUUUCAAAACAUUGAUUACUUUAUUUUCAUCAUCAUGUAUAGAGGUGUUUUUUUUCCUUAAAGCUUCUCAUGCAUAUGAGUAUUUUAAGCACAAAUGGACUACUAAAUGUGGGAUUUUUUUUUUUUUAAGAUCUUAACAGAACAUAGUGUAAUAAUAUUGGUCUUCCAGGUUUUAUUAAUUUCAAUUAUAUAUAUUAUACCAAGACAGACCUGUUUGUGUGUCUUCUUUAAAGAGCUACUUCACGUAUAAAUGUCUAUAGCUAAUAUCUCAGCCCUUCAAUGUAUAAUUUGAAUAAAUAUAUCUAUUUUCUGUGAAUUAUCCUGAAAGUUUUAAACAGAAUGACCUCAUAGUUUUUAACAAAGAAUAUUAUUUACCUAAGAUGUGCUAGUAGCAUCUUGCCCAGCCAUAAAGCAAUAAACUUCUCAAUAAUCUUAAUUUUGACAUUUGAAUAAAUGGAAACUUUCUAUUUUAAGGGCAUGUAUCCCAUCAAUUGGAAUUAGUACCUUAAAAAAAAAAGGCAGCUCUUCAGUGGAAUUAAUAGUGAUAUAAAAUGUUUGAUAUAGGCAGUACUUUCAUAAAAUAAGAUUCUGGAAAUUGCU